AUGGCCACCUUCGUGGAGCUCAGUAACAAAGCCAAGAUGCCCAUUGUGGGCCUGGGCACCUGGCAGUCUCCCCCAGGCAAAGUCAAGGAAGCUGUGAAGGCCGCCAUUGACGCUGGAUAUCGCCACAUUGACUGUGCCUAUCUGUACGAGAACGAGAGUGAAGUGGGAGAAGGGAUUCGAGAGAAGAUCCAGGAGAAGGCUGUGAAGCGGGAGGACCUCUUCAUCGUCAGCAAGCUGUGGCCCACCUUCUUUGAGAAAAGCCUGGUGAAGAAAGCCUUUCAGAAAACCCUCACGGAUCUGAAACUGGACUAUCUGGACCUCUAUCUAGUGCACUGGCCACAGGGAUUCCAGCCCGGGAAGGAGUUUUUCCCCAUAGAUGACAAAGGCAAUAUUCUCACCAGUAAAUACACGUUCUUGGAUGCUUGGGAGGUCAUGGAGGAACUGGUGGACCAGGGGCUGGUGAAAGCCCUGGGCAUCUCCAACUUCAACCACUUGCAGAUUGAAAGGCUCCUGAACAAGCCUGGACUGAAACACAAGCCAGUGACCAACCAGGUCGAGUGUCACCCAUACCUCACCCAGGAAAAACUGAUCCAGUACUGCCACUCCAAGGGUAUCACUGUCACAGCCUAUAGCCCCUUGGGCUCCCCAGAGAGACCUUGGGCUAAGCCAGGGGACCCUUCACUACUAGAGGACCCCCAUAUUAAGGAGAUCGCUGCAAAGCACAAGAAAACCCCGGCCCAGGUUCUGAUUCGCUUCCACAUCCAGAGGAAUGUGGCCGUGAUCCCCAAGUCUGUGACACCCUCCCGCAUGCAGGAGAACAUUCAGGUGUUUGACUUCAAGUUGAGUAAUGAAGAGAUGGCCACCAUUCUCAGCUUCAACAGGAACUGGAGGGUCUGCUCCUUGCCUAUGACAAUUAAUGCGGAGGACUACCCUUUCCAUGUGAACUACUGAAGUGUCAUUGCCUGAUGAGAGUGUCUCAUGGAUUCUCUCUUUGCUGAUGUGCAAAUAAUUCCUCCUGAGAUGUAUUUAAGCCAAGCCUGUUUGAUAUCACAUUAUAUCAUCAAGCAGGUCUUGAUGUUGGCCAAAUCAAGGCAAUGCUGUAUUCAAAUCCUCAUUGUUCAACCAGAAGCAGACUACUUCAUAGAAAUGUGACUCAAAGAAGUAAAUAAUACUCUCUUGUAUAUAAUUUGAUGUACUUGUCCAACACCAAGAACUAUGGUAACGUUGA